AUGUCUGGAUCUGGAGGAGGAGAACUCAGGGCACCCAUUUUUAAUGGUGAAAAUUUCGAUUUCUGGCAAAUCAAAAUGAAAACCAUCUUCUGUUCGCACGAGUUGUGGGAUCUAGUGGAGAAUGGGUACAAAACUCCGACGAAGGAGGCGGAGGAGCUCACGGAAGCAGAGAGGAAGCUGAUGCGUGAGAACUUGGUGAAGGACGCUAGAGCUCUGGGUAUCAUCCAAGGGGCUAUAUCAAAUCAAAUUUUUCUACGAACUGCAACUCAAGAAUCUGCAAAGGCUGCGUGGGAUAUUUUGAAACAAAGGCGUGAUAGGCAUGGUGACAAUAGUGCAGAGAAGGCUUUUGCUAGCUUCAACGUUGGAUCAAAGGCAGCACGGUCUAAUGGUCACACCAGUAAGUCUCAGAAGAAUGCCAAACCACAAGGGCAACAAUGGGGCAAAAAGGGUGAUGGAGGUAAUAAGUCUAAUUCAUCUAUGAAAAAUGAGACAGACAACACUGGAAAUAAAUGCAAAUUCUGUGAUAAAUUGCACUAUGGAGAGUGUUGGUUUAAGAACAAGGUGAACUUUGCUAAUCAGGUUGAAGAAACUGGAAACUUAUUUUUUGCUAAUCAUUCUGGAGAAGUAAAGAAGAUGAGUGAUGAAUGGUACAUAGAUAGUGGAUGUAGCAAUCAUAUGACAUCUAUGGAAGACUUGCUUGUAGACAUUGACAGAGGAGUGAAAGCAAAGGUUCAAGUAGGCAAUGGAGUUUUGGUUGAAGUGGCAGGAAAAGGGACACUGAUCAUUGAAACAAUGAAGGGUAAGAUGUAUAUAAAGGAGGUUAUGCUUGUACCUAGUCUAGUUGAAAAUUUGCUAAGUGUAGGACAUAUGACAGAGCAUGUCCAUUUUCUUGUAUUUAGAGAUCACAAGGUUGACAUCUUCAAUGAUAGUUCCUUAAGUAACAUGGUGGUAAGUGUAAAGCAAAAGGGGAAAAUGUGUUUUCCUUUAACUUUCAACACAAUCAAGGAGGUUACCUUGAAAACAAAUGUGCAAGAAUGCUCCAAGAUAUGGCACAAGAGGUUUGGGCACUUAAACUUUCGAAGUCUCAAGCUGCUGCAAAGCCAAGCAAUGGUAUUGGGGCUGCCUGAAAUCCAAAAUGGUGAAGUGUUGUGCCACGGUUGUGUAUUGGGGAAGGGUCAUAGGGAGCCAUUUCCUAAGGAAUCAAAGUGGAGAGCCAAUGAGCCAUUAGAACUGAUUCAUUCAGACUUGUGUGGUCCAAUGCAAACAGCAAGCCCAAGUGGAAAUAAAUAUUUUAUCACAUUCAUAGGUGAUUUUUCAAGGAUGUGCUGGGUUUAUUUUCUGAGAAACAAGUCCGAGACAUUCCAUGUGUUCAAGAAAUUCAAAGUAAUGGUGGAGCUUCAAUCCGGAUACCAUGUGAAGAGGUUGAGGACUGAUCGGGAUGAGAAUUAA